UCUGAGUGAAUGAGCAAGUGCGGCGCUUUUAAGUAACAAUAUGAAAUAUUCUUCUCCGAUAGAGGAAGACCAACUACCUUGCAAUUGAAGGGGACACUGAGACGAACGAGAAACAACCAGCUUUUUAAUUUUGGUCUAUAAAAAUAAUGAUGACAUAGGUAGGAUACAAAGAUGACCAAUUGCGAACAGUUUUGCUCCCAGACAACCCAGAGGAACACAUCCAGGUGCCACGUAGCGCAAGAGCGCGCGUCUUGUCCGUAUUCUUUGUUAUCCAGGAUAAUAUUCAGUUGAAUAAAAGUUGUUGUCUAGAAAUAUUCCUCUGCUGCACGAGUAUUUUUGCCAACUUUUUGAAGCAAUUAUUUUCUCACCAUCAUCUACGGAUCUACGGUGCACCUUCGCACAAUCCGGACUCUCCAUAAAUAGGUGAAGAUUGAAGAUGCGGCGGCAAUGGAGAGCUGUUAUUAUUUGAUGCUUCCGACAGGCAUUAUUGGAAAGAUGACAAUUUUCAACGCUGACUUCCUCCAAGAAUCACCGUGCGGUCAUGUGUUUUCGGAGCGGAGAGACUUCUAUAGCAGUAUCUCAAAUGCAUGAUCUGACCAUCCAUGUCUGGGGUGUGCUGUUCGUGGUAAAGCUGUAGCAUGAUGAGCAGUGAUUUGGAGCGCGUUUCACUCAAUUCAACGACGGCUAACUCGGGAAUUGGGUCGGGUGGCCGCGCGCUGUCAGCAAACGUUCGGAAGCUGCACAACGCGCUCAACCUGCUGCUCACAGACUUCGAGAGAGAACAGUUCAUACACUGUCUAAAUGUUUACCAUGCAAAGCGCAACGUCUUCGAUUUAGUUCAAACUCUCAAAAUAAUCCUCAACACGCCAAACAAACGACAACUCCUCCCCAUGUUGCGGUUGGUCAUUCCGCGCUCAGAUCAGCUGUUGUUUGACCAGUAUACUUCCGAGGGCCUGUACCUUAAAACGGACCAUCUACCGCAAAACAGUGGUAACAACCCUGAAAGCUCUGGAGGAGAAGUAGGCAAUGCUGCAAACCACCAUGUCCAAAUUCCCACUGCUCACUGUAUGAACCCUCAUGAUCUCUCUUGUUACGCAUCACCAGGAGCGUGUCCCGGCAAGGAUGGUUUCAGCACCACUGCUGAUGGGACCGCUCCCCAGGCUUUCAUCCAGGGGGAGCCUUUUGGAGAGAUCCGCCAAGUGACACUGAGACGCAGAAAGAGCAAUGAGGGUUUAGGGUUCAGCAUCCGGGGAGGCUCCGAGCACGAUGUGGGAAUAUAUGUGUCGCUAGUAGAACCCGGAUCUUUUGCUGAGAAUGAGGGAUUGAGGGUCGGUGAUCAAAUAGUGACUGUUAACGACAUGCUGUUUGACAGACUCUCACACAUGGAGGCAGUCAAGGUCCUGAAGGGCUGUAAGAAGCUAGCCAUGUCAGUGUGUUCUGUGGGCCGUAUCCCUGGCGGUUAUAUCACCAACCACAUCUACACCUGGGUGGACCCUCAGGGCCGCAGUGUCUCCCCUCCCUCCGACCUGGAGAAGCAGGAGCAGCACAGCACCCUGGGACGGCAGGACAGCCAGAGACGUGGACACACACAGGAGAGGGCUGAGAAGACGAUCACCCUAAACUUGAACGAUGGUCUCUCUCUGGGCCUGAUGAUCAGAGGAGGGGCAGAGUACGGCCUGGGCAUAUACAUCACUGGAGUGGACCCAGGCUCAGCCGCAGACCACGGUGGACUCAAGGUGGGCGACCAGCUGCUGGAGGUGAAUGGGCGGAGCUUCGUGGCCAUCCCCCAUGAUGAGGCGGUGAGGAUCCUGAAGACGUGUCGCCACCUGCUGGUUAGGGUGAGAGACGUUGGCCGUCUGCCCCAUGCCCGCACCGUGGUGGACCAGACCAAAUGGAUCAGCAGCCCUAGCCCCCCCAGCCCACCGCCCAUAGCAGAGAGCACCGCCAGCCCAGCUACUACACGGCCAUCUUCAGCGCGGGCUACACCUGUAUUAGGAAAGUCAGUGUGUCGAGGUGUGUGGCCCCCAGGUUCCCAGGUGUCUCUGGAGGAGCAGGCCUUUCUGCUGCUGACCGACCCAGAGAGGCAGACCAUGGUUUACUACCUGCAGGAGUACCAGGAGGGACACAUCGGUCUGGAACCCCUGGCUAUGGCCCUGUUUGAACUCUUCAACACCCACGCCAAGUUAUCCUUGCUGUCUGAGGUGCGUAGCCUGGUGGCUCCCCAGGACCUGGAGCUGUAUGAUGGUCUGGUGCUGCACCGUGAGAGGGAGGCUCUGAAGGCCUGGCAUGGGGAAACGGGAACGUUGCAUCCACACAGCCACUGUGUACACACAGAGCCCUCAGCCAGCCACAGCCACUCCAACCCCACCACUCUCUGCUCUGCCAAGCAUGAGUGCUCACAUGGUGACAGUGUAGAGCAAGAUCCAGGGGUACGCACUAAUGUCCUACCUGACAUUACAUUGAAAGAAGUGCGGUCUACAGCUGAAUCUCCUCCGUCCUUCAAGCCAUCACUUCCCUCCGGCCAUACCCAGACGAGAAACCCCAAGGAGAGGGACCCUUCCAAGCGUCCCUCAUCCAGUCACUCCCAGUCUGGCCUGAUCUUUACUGCCCCCACCAGGCUACAUCAGGAAUGUCACCACAAAUCCCUCAAAGCCUUCAGCUCCUCCAACCACCAAACCUCCACCUCCCCUAGUUCUGGCCUCCAUCACACCUGUCCCAACCCUGGCCACCAAAACAGCCGCAACCCUGGCACCAACCACAGUGCCAAUCUAAGCUCUGCUCAUCAGACAUCCAUAAACUCUCUUCACCACACCUGCCAAAACUCCCUCCACAUCUCCACCCCCACCUCUGACCACCACCCCCACCAAUGCUGCCCUAGCUCUGGUCACCAUACCUGCCCCGGCUCCCUUGAUCACAACUCCUUGUCGUUCCCCUCUGCUCUUCCAACCCAGGAGACGACCAUCAAGCACCCCAUCUUCAGAUCCUCUUCCCAUGAGAAGCCUGCUACCUCCCAUAAGACUGCCUCCCCGUGUCUCUCACCGUGUCCCUCCCCUGGUCUCUCCCCAUGUCUGUCCCCCUGUCCCUCGCCCUGUCCCUCUCUCGCUGUCCUGAAGCCGCCCCCAUGUAGCCCAGACAGACCCUGCUCUCCCUGUUCUCCCUCCCUCAGCCAGGGAGGUCAGUGUGUCAUGGCAGGCGUACACAGACUGACUGCUGAGGUCAGGCCCCAGCCCCAGCAGAGAGGCGCCACAUUGUCCCAACUGUCAGACAGUGGUCAGACUCUGAGUGAGGACAGUGGGGUGGACAUUGCUGAGGCAGGAGGGCUGAGUAAAGACAGCAGUCCUCGGCCCAGUAAGAACCAGGCCACACAGCAGUCCCAAGUGGCCCAGGGACCUGCAGCACUGGCAUCCAAACAGCAGCCUGGCUCUCCAGUGCCCACCCCUACCCUGGUACAUGUGGUAAAGAAUGCCAAUACUCUGGGUAUCGCUAUAGAGGGAGGGGCAAACACACGCCAGCCGCUGCCACGCAUCGUCACCAUACAGAAGGGGGGCUCGGCACACGGUUGUGGGCAGCUGAAGGUGGGUCAGGUGAUUCUGGAAGUGAACGGUGUCUCCCUGAGGGGCCGUGAGCACCAGGACGCUGCUUGCAUCAUCGCUGAGGCCUACAAGUCCAAAGAGAGGGACCACAUUGACUUCCUGGUCACAGAGUUCAACGCAGCCCUCCUGCAGGGCCUUUUGCAGGGUCGUAUUCAUUAGCCACCUUACAGAAGAAAAUUGACUAAAAUAGGCAGGGACUACCUGAACUUGUCAAAUAAGAAAUGCUUGUUCCUAUUUUCCUGCAGAGGCUUUAGCAGGACUUUGCACUUUAAAGAGAUGAAACGGAAGGAGAAGGAGAGAACGGGAGGGAGAGGUCUGAGUGUUAAUAUAAACAAUCUAUCUUAGUCUCGUCUAAGCCCGUUCUCCCUUCCCACUUUUUUUUUGUCUGUAGAUCGCAACCAGGCUUUCCAUGUAGAGUUGUAUUGCCAAAAUGCAUGACAUUCUGCAUUAAGAACUCCCCAAUAUAAUCUAAUAGAACCUAAGAAGAACUCACCAAUAUAACCUAAUAGAACCCUAAGAAGAACCCACCAAAGGAACCGAAUGGUAUUGAACUGAAAUCUUGAAAAUCACAGCUUAUAACAACAAUAUCAAUGCUGUGAUGUCAUUAAUUAUGUCAUAACAUUUAGCUGCUUUUCAGUCUCCCUGCUUUCUCCUCUCCAAUAGGUCUGCCAUUUGUAGCAGCUCUCUCCUGGAAGUGGUUAUACCAAGACGGUGCUUUGAAAAUGGACAGAAAUGGUAUCUAAUCUUAGUCGAACUAUACCUUUGUGCUAUCUCUAAAAUACUUUCUUGGUAUAAUUUCUGUAAUGUUUUAUGAACACCCUAUAUGUUGUAUAUAACACUGAAAUGGGUAGAGGAUUUGAGCUAUUUAUAACACUAGGUCGUCUUUAUGUAAGAAGAUAACAUUUCUUUAUGGAUUUGAUUCAUUUACUUAAUUUUUUAUUUAUAAGGGCAGUUCGUUUUCUAUCAUUUGUGUUCAUAGUAUACAGUAUUGGUUAAUUGGCUGUGGGGUGAAUCUUGUGAUUACAUUAAGAAUCCUUUUUCAUACACUUCCAUAUAUAUAUAUACAGUAUAUAUACAGUACAUACACAGUAGAUAAAAGCAGAGACAAUACUGAGAAUUAGCAAAGGUACUUCAUCUGAGCUGUAGAGCUGAAUCAGAGACAGUAAUGUUUCCUGGGAGAGGAAAAUUAGUACAUGAGCUGCUAAUGCAUCGUUAUACAGAUACAUGACUUGUCAAUUAUAGGUAACUGAUUCACUAUUAGCAGAGAUGGGGUGGAGGGGAUGCAGCAGCAGCCAUAAUGCACAUUGUGUGUUUGGGAGAGAAUAUACCGUACACAUCGCCAAAAGUCAAGUUCUUCCACACCAAUCUCGGCGAACCAUUUCACUAUCGACGUCUGUGCACGGGGCAUUGUCAUGCUGAAACAGGAAAGGGCCUUCCCCAAACUGUUGUCACAAAUUUGGAAGCACAGAAUCGUCAAGAAUGUCAUUGUAUGCUAUGGCGUUAAUAUUUCCCUUCACUGGAACUAAGGGGCCUAGCUCAAACCAUGAAAAGCAGCCCACAGACCAUUAUUCAUGCUUUACAGUUGGCACUAUGCAUUCGGCCAGGUAGCGUUCUCCUGGCAUCCGCCAAACUCAGAUUUGUCCGCCGGACUGCCAGAUGGUAAAGCGUGAUUCGUCACUCAAGAGAACGUGUUUCCACUGCUCCAGAGUCCAAUGGCGGGGACCUUUACACCGCUCCAGCUGACGCUUGGCGCUUCUGAUCUUAGGCUUGUGUGGGGCUGCUCGACAGUUCCACUUCACAAUAACAACACUUACAGUUGACCGGGGCAGCUCUAGCAGGGCAGAAAUAUGACAAACUGACUUGUUGGAAAGGUGGCAUCCUAUGAUGGUGCCACGUUGAAAGUCACUGAGCUCUUCAGUAUGGGCCAUUGCACUGCCAAUGUUUGUCUAUGGAGAUUGCAUGACUGUGUGCACCAUUUUAUACACCUGUCAGUUACGGGUGUGGCUGAAAUAGCCGGAUCCACAAAUGUAAAGGGGUGUCCACCUACUUUUGGCCAUGUAGUGUAUCAGCGGCAGUGUAUGCUAGUGUAGUGAGAUACUAGUGGAUAUCCUGUCACCAUAACGGGGAGGUACGCACCAGUCACUUCCCGAAUGGGUCCUGGCCAAAAGUAGUGCACUAUAUAGGGAAUGGGGUGCCAUUUGGGAAAGAUCACAUUGCUUGCUGUUGAUGGAUGUCUUGAACUGGAUGAACUGUUGAAAGAGUAUAAGAAUGUAUAAAAUGACUAACGAUACAUCUUUCAAUGAGAGUAUAACAGAUUAUCAUCGACUAAAGGUUUGUAGGUAUUUUUCAAUAUUAUACAAAUGACAUGUUUUUGUGACUGCAAACAGUCCAAACAUGAUACAUAUAUAUUGUCCACAUAUAUGCAUUCGGAAAGUAUUCAGACCCCGUGACUUUUUCAACAUUUGCAUACGUUACAGCCUUAUUCUAAAAUGGAUUCAAAUGUAUUUUUCCCCUCAUCAAUCUACACACAAUACCCCAUAAACAGUUUUUUAGACAUUUUUGCAAAUUCUGAAAUAUCACAUUUACAUAAGUAUUCAAACCCUUUACUCAGUACUUUAUUGAAGCACCUUUGGCAGCAAUUACAGCCUUGAGUCUUCUUGGAUAUGAUGCUACGAGCUUGGUACACCUGUAUUUGGGGAGUUUCUCUCACUCUUCUCUGCAGCUCCUCUCAAGCUCUGUCAGGUUGGAUGCUGAGCGUCGCUGCACAGCUAUUUUCAAGUCUCUCCAAAGAUGUUCGAUCGGGUUCAAGUCUGGGCUCUGGCUGGGCCACUCAAGGACAUUCAGAGACUUGUCCUGAAGCCACUCCUGCGUUGUAUUGGCUGUGUGCUUAGGAAUGUUGUCCUGUUGGAAUGUGAACCUUCGCCCAAGUCUGAGGUCCUACGCGCUCUGGAGUAGGUUUUCAUCAAGGAUCUCUCUGUACUUUGCUCCGUUCAUCUUUGCCUCAUUCCUGACUAGUCUCCCUGUCCCUGCCGCUGAAAAACAUCAGAGCUGUCACGUGCCUUUUACUGAGGAGUAGCGCCCUUCGGGCUACUCUACCAUAAAGGCCUGAUUGGUGGAGUGCUGCAGAGAUGGUUGUCCUUCUGGAAGGCUCUCCCAUCUCCACAGAGGAACACUGGAGCCCUAUCAAAGUGACCAUCGGGUUCUUGGUCACCUCCCUGACCAAGGCCCUUCUCCCCCGAUUGCUCAAUUUGACCGGGUGGCCAGCUCUAAGAAGAGUCCUGGUACCCUUCCCCAGAUCUGUGCAUUGACACAAUCCUGUCCCGGAGCUCUACGGACAAUUCCUUCGACCUCAUGGCUUGGUCUUUGCUCUGUCGAGCACUGUCAACUGUGGGACCUUAUAUAGACAGGUUUGUGCCUUUCCAAAUCAUGCCCAAUCAAUUGAAUUUACCCCAUGUGGACUCCAAUCAAGUUGUAGAAGCAUGAUCAUGGAUGAUCAAUGGAAACAGGAUGCACCUGAGCUCAAUUUCGAGUCUCAUAGCAAAGGGUCUGAAUACUUAUGUAAAUAAGGUAUUUCUGUUUUGUUUUUUAAUUAAUGUAAAAAAAUUCAUAAAAAGCUGUUUUUGCUUUGUCACUAUGGGGUAUUGUGUGUAGAUUGAUGAGGAUUUUUAAAAAUUGAAUCCAUUUUAGAAUAAGGCUGUAACGUAACAACAUGUGGAAAAAGUCAAGGGGUCUGAAUACUUUCCAAAUGCACUGUAUAUGCUGUAAAUAGAUUUAAAGACAUAUAUAGUGACAGAUUACAUGGCUGUUUGAAAGUAUCACACAACUACAAACAAUAUCACUGUAUUAUUCCUGUGUUUGCUGUCACAUUCUACAGUAGCUCUCAUUCGACUAGUUGCUCAGAGUGUAUUUGCUCAGGUUCCAGUUGGGUAUUGAUUGAUUGACCACAUACAAUGCAUUACCUAUAGCAGGUGAGGGUGGUGUAAUGCUACAUCACCUUUUGGGACUUUGCACCAAAAUAAUUCCAAGAUUUACAAAUACUCACAGUAACAGUAUGUGAACAUCAGUUGACAAUACAGUCAGAUGAAAUGUAAAUCUAAAGUAAACUAUUUACAGGUCUGCUGCAUCUUGGCCCGGUUUACACAGGCUGCCCAAUUCUGAUCUUUCUUUGACUAAUUGGUUUUUCCUCCUAUCAGAUCAGCACUUUUGCCAAUAAUUGGGCAAAAGAUCAGAAUUGGGCUGCCUGUGUAAAUGCAGCCAUGAUGCAGCAGACUUGUAAAUAGUCUACUUUAGGUUUACAUUGGGUUUUUCAUCUUGCUACAUUGUCAACUAAAUGUCCCUGCACAUUGACUCGGUACCGGUACUCCUUGUAUAUAGCCUCAUUAUUGAUAUUUUGUGUUACUAUUUCCUUUCUUUCUUUUGCUAACUUUUCUUACUUUUUAACUUUGCAUUGUUGGGAAAGGGCUCGUAAGUAAGCAUUUCAUGGUAAAGUCUAGACAUGUUGUAUUUGGCGCAUGUGACAAAUACAAUUAUAUUUAAACUGAUGUCACACACUGUUUACCGUGAGUAUUUGCAUCGUUUUGGUGCUAUAGGUAAUACAUUGUCAGUCAAUUUGCCCUUUUUUUUGUUCUUUUUUUUGUUCUGUGCCGGCCGUCUGUUACCCAAGAGUAGGCUGUAUUGUAGGGAAAAAAAAGAAAUCAUGCUGGACAAUGUUUUAGUAGCCUGAGUGCCAGUCUGUUUGUGCUAUCAUGCCAGCUCCCUGUCACUCAUUGUCAUGGCAAUGUUUGGCUUGACAAUGAUAGCAAGGGAGUUGGCUACGGAUGGAAAGUAGCUGAAAGCAAAAUCUGGUGCGACACAUCAAUUCUCAGUGGUUUGAGACUUAUGUUUUUGUUGUGCAUUGUCCCUGCCAAAUAAACGUAAUACACAUUUUACAACAACAAGAAAGCACAAACAGGUCUAGGACCAGGCUAAUGUUUCAGCACCAUAGCUGUAGCAGCAUAUCAUAGUAACAUAGUGCAUCUCACUACUACAGAGCUGACACAAUAUUAGAGGUGUACAAUCAUAACCAAAUGCUUACUGCACUAAAACCUUAGGACUCUAUUCAAUCAGAUCCGACAUCUGCAUAGGGGUUGUUUUGGCGGUGUCGGAGGUGGAGCUGCGUUAGAGCUGUGAAAUCCACAAGCGGCUUUUGGCAUUUACACCUAAAGCGGACAUUGCCGUUGGCUGCAUGGAGCCGCAUUAAGAGAAAUCCCAUGCAGCCUUCUUAAAAAGGUUUGAACACUGGAAUGUAAGAUGAAGCCUACACCUCGAUUAGGAUGACAGAAAUCCUCGUCAUUUCGUUGAAUGAUUUUCAGCUUGAGUGUCAUUAUUUCUAUACAGCCUACACUUUCUCAUUCUGCACUUCUAAUACCAGUAGGACGGAUGUGGCUUGUUGAAAAUGAUCACAAGUAGCUGCUCACCGAUUUGACACCUCCAACACCGGCCAAGCAUCAGGUGUCGGCUAUCACCGGUUAAUGCUUGAUCUGAUUGAAUCUAGGCCUUAGACAUAUUCCUGAAGUCUAUAGAGUGCAUAGCAAUGCCACACUGAAGUGAAUUGAAUAAAGAUUUACCAACUCA